UUGCAUUAUCCUAACAGCCUUAAGGAGUGAUCGAUCCGCUGCAACCUGUGCGCAUAGCAGGCAAUGGACCGAUAUUCAGUCGAAGGCGGUGUUUUGGCUGUACGGUGACGUUUUAAGGCAGGUCUUGGUCAAACCUACCAAUGAUACAAGUCGGUUCUAUUCUGCUGGGACUGAUCGCAAUGAACGGGUGUCGGAGCUCUGCACGGCAAAGGAGCAACCACAGCGAGACGAGGCGAUCAAGGGGAUGCGGCAUCGGUACGCGGGAGCUGUCCAUCAGCACCAAAUCCCCGACGAUAAGCAAGCAAGCAGCAAGCAGAGCCGAGACCCAGUCGCUCCUGUUUUCAGCCUGCCGCCCCCGCCCUCUUCUCACCACCGAGACCGCACUUCGACCACCGCCGCUCACCGCCAGAGCCUCCAGGAGCUCCCGUGUCUGAGCCAGCCCUCUCGGAGACCUGUUCACAGCGGCGACCCUCUACCUCUGGCGAGCUACGACACCGCCCAGCGACCUUCACACCGAGGCAGCGAACCCAGCACCGGGCAGCCGGCGCACCUGCAGCAGGAUCCCUGGGCCCCGGCCGGCUCUCAGCAGCAGCAGCAGCAGCAGCCGCCGCCGCAGUCGGAGAAGCAGCCUGUUUUUCCGAGCUGCCACUGCAGUUUUUCCGAGCAGGAGGCGAGUCUUUCUCAAAACCAUCACCAUCCUGCCGAUCCUUUCCCACCGCAGCCCUCCCCACCUUUUCCGCCGCCUAUACCGCCGCCACCAACGUCGUCCUCCUCCUCUCUGCUGUUUUCCCGGGAAUCUAAAAGAGGGGAUCGUCUCCGAAGGAGUGCCAAUAAUUACCAACAGGCAAGCAUCGUGGAACGCUGCAGGGGAGGAGGAGGAGCAGGAGGGCACCGAGACCACAGGCAGUUGUUGCAGCAACAGCAGCAGCAGCAGCAGCAGCACAGUCAUUUAAGACUCCAACAGAGGGACCCCUCCCCUGAAGGAACCCGUGCAAACUCGCAGAAAGGGCGCUCUUUAAAUGCAUGUGAGUCAACCGAGGCUAACAGGAGAGCAUUCGAGCCUCAGACUCAGGACCUGCAGCAGCAGCAACAGAUCCCACAAUUACGAGCGCAGCAACAGCUACUGGUGGGGAGCAGCUUGCCUAUCAACUACUGCGCCAGCGGCUCAGGAGAGCUAUGUAGGACUCACCAGGCUCCACUGCUGCAACAGCAAGAGCAGCAGCAGCAGCGGCAGCAGCAGCAAGGCGCACUGGGGCUCUGUCCCCAGCGUCCGCAGCACUGUGAACAAGACCGCAAUAAGUCUGGGAGGAUCACCGCGCAAGGCGAUCAGGCGCAGCCACACAGCCGCGACUCCCGCGUAACCCCCCCGGUAACACAGCAGGCGUACGCGGGGAACUCGUCUGCGACUGGCAGCAACAGCAGCAAAGACAGCCCCAACUACGGCUCCAGCUAUCACCUGUGGCCAGAGAGCCCGCAUAAAGGAGAGGAGAGGAUACGCAUCGACCUCCAUAAGGCCACUACUGAGCAGAAGAAGCUGAGCCAUGCUGGAUCCAAGCCCUCCCUCUCCGAGAGCAGCGGCCGACUCCCUCAGAUAGCCAUGAACACCUGCAAGUACAAUGGCGGAGUGGUGAGACCACUAGUGGGCAGCCUGGCGUCCUCGUCGCGCCGCAACCUCGCGGAGCUCGACUCGGAGACGCAGCCCUUGCAGACGCUGCACAGCUCUGGCCUGGAGGUGGUGGUGUCCAAGGGCAACGGCGGCGAAGACCCCAGCAAGGCAUCCAACGAGAGCUUGGUCAGGGAGGGCAGCGGGCGUGGCGGAGGCAGGGCGCCGCAGAAGAAGAACAGGGACAUUGGCUACAAGCUCGGCCACCGGAGGGCGCUGUUUGAGAAGCGGAAGCGGCUCAGCGACUACGCACUCAUCUUCGGGAUGUUUGGGAUUGUUGUCAUGGUGACAGAGACGGAACUGUCAUGGGGGGUUUACACUAAGGAAUCUUCAUACUCAUUUGCACUGAAAUGCCUUAUCAGCCUUUCCACUGUUAUAUUGCUUGGUCUUAUAAUAAUGUACCAUGCCCGGGAAAUCCAGCUGUUUAUGGUCGACAAUGGUGCGGACGAUUGGAGGAUAGCCAUGACGUAUGAGCGGAUCUUCUUCAUCGUGCUGGAGCUGCUGGUGUGUGCCAUUCAUCCCAUCCCGGGCCAGUACGUCUUCACCUGGACGGCGCGGCUGGCCUUUACCUACACGCCGUCGGUGGCCGACGCUGACGUGGACAUCAUCCUCUCCAUCCCCAUGUUCCUGAGACUCUACCUGAUAGGCAGGGUCAUGUUACUCCACAGCAAGCUGUUCACAGACGCUUCGUCUCGCAGCAUUGGCGCCCUCAACAAGAUCAACUUCAACACACGCUUUGUCAUGAAGACCCUCAUGACCAUCUGUCCGGGAACUGUUCUGCUGGUGUUCAGUAUAUCCUCCUGGAUCAUUGCUGCAUGGACUGUGCGCGUCUGUGAGAGGUAUCAUGACAAACAGGAAGUGACCAGUAACUUCCUGGGAGCCAUGUGGCUCAUCUCGAUUACCUUCCUCUCCAUCGGCUACGGGGACAUGGUACCGCACACGUACUGUGGGAAAGGCGUGUGUCUGCUUACAGGGAUUAUGGGAGCUGGUUGCACUGCGCUGGUGGUUGCAGUGGUGGCCAGGAAGCUGGAGCUGACCAAGGCUGAGAAACAUGUCCACAACUUCAUGAUGGACACACAACUCUGCAAACGAGUAAAGAACACAGCUGCCAAUGUACUCAGGGAAACAUGGCUCAUCUACAAACACACUAAAUUGGUCAAGAAGAUAGAUCAUGCCAAGGUGCGGAAACACCAGCGCAAGUUUCUCCAAGCCAUUCACCAACUGCGCAGUGUGAAGAUGGAGCAGAGGAAACUCAAUGAUCAGGCCAACACCUUGGUGGACCUGGCGAAGACCCAGAAUGUGAUGUAUGACCUGGUGUCAGAGCUGCAGGAGCGCAGUGAGGAGCUGGACAAGCGCAUCGGCACAUUGGAGGACAAGCUGGACUCGGUGACGGGCAGCCUGCAGGCGCUGCCCUGCCUCAUCUCCCAAGCCAUAACCCAGCAGCAGCAGGACUUCCUGGACGGCUUUGUUCACCGCUUUCGGCCCGCCUCACUAGCCUCAGAGCGCUCCGAACGCUCAGAGCGAUCCUGGACUUCCACCGCCCGUAGGCGGCGCUCUCCCUCCACAGCACCACACACCUCCUCUGAUAGCGGAUAACCUUGACAAACCCUCUGCAAUCACCUUCGAGCUCCGCCUUUUCCCAGACCAACUCGUCACCUCAUUCUCUCCCAUCCAAAGCCGUCCCUGUAACCGCUGGCGAGUCCAUGUCUGGACGAAUAAUGAACCCAUAUCUUGACCCCUGAUCUGAUCCUUGCCCUCUUUCUCUUCCUCCCACUCAUCCCCUCUCCUGUUCCUCCCCACCCAACAUCAAAUCCAAAAACCAAUUCCUCUGUGACUGACCCUCUCAGCACAGGACUGGAUCAGAGCUACUCCAAAAGAACAAAGAAAAGCAAACAAAGACUUAAAUCAAGAAAAAACACAAAUGCAUCCAAAAAAAGAAAAAGAGAAAAAAAAAUUAAAAAUGACUGAAAAACCGAGAUAAAGUAGAGAUAUGGUUUAUGUUUUAGCCAUUGUAUGGCUGUUCAAGUUAGCUUUUUUGUAAAAGCCCUUGUAUAGUUAAAAAAUGACUGAGUUCAGGGUCGCUGGGGUGAGAGCUGGCUAUCACACCGGAGAGUCCUUAACCACGAGGGGGGAAGUUGGUCUGUGGAGCUGAGGGCCUCGGCUCACCUGCUGGCCCUCUGAGGCCAUGGAGGACAUCCGUCCACCCAUCCGUCCGUCUAUCUGUUUGUCUGGUGAGGAGAGCAAGACAAACCAUUGGAUUUCCCUUUCAAAAGACUAGUGUCAUGGAUUCUUUCCCAUAGGUUAGGGUGAAAGCUUUAGAUGAGGCUACGAGAGCGCUGACUUCAGGUCAGUGUUUGAAGAUGCACUUAAGGGGGAGGGGAAACUGUCACACAAAAGAAGAGCAAAGGGGAUGCAUAUGGCAUUACUACUGGGUAGGAAAAAUUUACACAGUUGCCAACUUCAAGGUUUCAGCUUCCUUGUUCUUACCAAGGGAAAAUGAGAGCGACUAUCUUUUUUAGUUACAUAUUGACAUGUGAUUUUUCAGUGCCUGAAUGUAUAAAUAGUAGAGGGUUAUUUAAUUACUAAUUUCAGAGCUUUUUUACGAUGUUAACAGUCUGAAUACAGCAUUGCAUUCCUUUUUCAGAUACAUUCCUCUCCAAAAAUUUAAAGAAAAUGUCUUAAUGUAAUGCAUAACAUUGCCUCCAUUACACAGCAACUCUAAAUGUUUUGAAAACUUUUUUUUCUAUUUCUACUAACACCGUGGGAAAUGAAAAGUUCAGAGAGUAAGCAAAAGUGAGACCGACGGAGAGGUUAUUUGCGAGUGUUUGUCAGAGAACAAGUUCACUUUUAGCUCAAUGCUGCACACUCAUACACACAACAAUGAAAUAUGUAGUAGUCUACCUUUCUCACCACCACUAAUUAGAGCUUCCUGUGGUCUUCAGAUAAUGGCAUGGCUUGAGGUCUGCUGGUGUAUACGGCCACACGGGCACACAUCACUGGUCGAACUGAGAAACCAACCCUGCCCCUUUGCAUGGUUCUGUGCAAAAAUGACAAUGGAUUACAACCUUCCUCGGAUGGCUUGAUGAUUUUUACAUGAUUUAGAUUUUUAUCACGUUUACUUUUGUUUGUGGCCUUUCUUUCUUUCAGUUUUUUUUUCUAAAUUUUCCUUCUUUUUUUUUAAUAGGCUACCUAGGGUUUUAGAGUUGCAGAACUAGAGAGUUGCAGUAAUGUGAUUCUGUAAUGCAUUCUCUGUUUAAAAUAUGAGGUGAUGAGAGAUCGCUAUUUCAAAAUAAUCCUGAAAGGAUACAAAUAAAAGUGCUGAAGAAACUUUGGUCCCUCUGCAAAUUUAAAAGAAUAGUUUUGGGAAAUACGCUUAUUCACUUUCCAGCCAAGUGUUAGAUGAGAAGAUUGAUACCACUCUCGUGGAACAGCUAGCCUUACUCAAUCUGAUCGUACAAAACCAAAAAUCUAAGUUGUGCAGUCGCAGUCUGGAGUCCAGAACGAAUUUUAUCACAAUUGAAAGGACAUUAUCAGUGGUUAUCAGCCUCAUAGGUGUGGGUUAGAAGGGGCCUGCUACAUCCACUAGGAGGUUGUGUCGUUUGCCUGGGCCAUGACCUUUGAAUCUGCCCAACCUACCAAGUUUGAGUUGAAUGAUUCGUCUGGCAUUGUAACAUGGAAUCAACAUGAUCUUCUCAACGUUAUGCAACACUUAAGGGUUUGCUUUCCUUCUAUUCGCUCCUCUCUAAAAAGCCCGGCCAAACAGAAAUGUUGGCAUGGUGACGCAUCAGUGUCAACUUAAAAUGACGUCAGAUUUUUAGGCAUGUAAGUUGGUCUCUAGUGAUUGGUCAGGGAAAAUCAAUCCCCAUUCCCAAAGGAAAUCAGUUAAAGUGGACGCAAUGUCUGAAGAUGGCCGUGUUCAUUGUUAGGCGGUGACCUCAAGUGGCUGUAGUAAGUAUGACGAGAGUAAAUGAGGAAGUCAGACGAAGUAAGUUUAUAUAGUGAGAAGUCUGUGUAAGGAGGGACGUUGGGGUGGUGUUUGGGUCAAACAACACAGGACUUUCACCCAGGAGUGUGGAUUCGUGUCCUGUGUGAAACUAAAGUCAGCGUUGCAAUAUGUUAACUACGUAACGUAGUGUGUCAUCUGUGGUUACGUCAGUAACAAAUAUAUUUGCCAAACCAUGAUCUUUUUUCUAUACCUAACUUCUUAGUAUUUGCGCCUAAACUUAACAAAAAUGAAAAAGAAGCGAAACUGCAACCGCAUUACUGGGCUGAUACUGUUCGUCUAAAUGCGUCUCCCCUUCUUCCCACUGUACAAAAACGAAGCCAAAAUAUCCUAGAUAGGGCUGCUGACAUCUUGCGCUGGUGAUGUCAUUUGGAGCCAGGGUCUGUGCAGUAGGGGUCGCCAUGGUAUCGAGUUCCCACCGUUUGACCAAUUGUGAGCACUCCCAUUGAUAGCCACAUUUGGAACACACAGCUGUCAAUCAUGACGCCAAACCCCCUUCUCAUAGUAUCAAAUAGCUACUUAAAAUCAAACUUUUUAAUUAAAAACUUGAACAUACAUCAGCGUGUUAUGACUUACCUAAAAUGACAGACACAAUCUUUAGGGAAAAAUUUAUUUGACUAUACUUUGAUCUUUAAGUUUGGCCCAUGUGCCAUCUGCUAACAUGGAGGAGAAGGGGUUUAUGACCGAUACUGCAGCCAGCCACAAGGGGGCGAUCAAGAUCUUUUGGCUUCAGUUUUGGGGAGCAGUCAUGUCAGUCUACGAUCUGAGCCUACUAGUAGAUGUAGCAGGGCCCCUUAACCCACAUCUGUGAAGCUGAUAACCAGUGAUAAAGCCAAGUGAUAACAUUCAAAGCAAAAGCAGAGUGUCUGUUGGUUGCCUGGCAACAUCACAUUGGUAACAAGACUAGUCUCCUAUAAUACCAAAACCUGUCUUUCAUACACAUAGGUUUUUGUACGAAUUAAACUUAAUAUAAUUAGUUAAUUAAUGAGCUUUAGCAGCGCUUGUAAGUCAAUUUUGUUACCGUAAUACAGAGCCAGGCUAGCUGUUUCCCCCGUAUUCAGUCGACGCUAAGCUAACUGGCUGUUAGCUAGCUUUAUAUUUAAACACGAGAGUGGUGUCAAGCAUCUCUCUAAUGCUCAGCAGAAAAAAUGAAUAAGCGAUUUUCCUAAAAUGUCAAACUAUUCCUUUAAUAUUACAGUAUCAGGCCUCUGUUUUGUCUUUCAAAAAGACACUGAAACACAUUCACCAUGAUGGAGGAGAAAUUCUAAGAUUUUAAAUAUCAAAGGCAUGGUAUGUGACGCAUCCAGUUGUGAUGACUUGUAGAUUUUUGACUUGAAGAGAAAUAUUUAGGAUUUUUUAGAGUUUUUAUUUUUCUAAAGUGCAUAUUAACGGCAGAAGAGGAAGUCAGCGGGCUAGCAUGCUGUCCUGAACUAGAUUAAAUGGUAGAAAAUCUGAGUCGCAAAAGGAUGAUAGUGUUGAGAAUCAUCUUUGUAGUCCCUAAAGCUAACAGACAAAUAGGAUUAUUGUUAUUAUUUCUUAGAUCUUAAUUUUUUCCGAGAUGCUUUGUCGGGGUGAGUCUAAACCCUGUGAGAUGGUGAGUGAGUCCGCUCUCCCACAGGCUCUGGACUGACCAGAGAGCACUUCAUUUAAGAACAUAUUCAGUUUGCUACGAGUGGAACUUAAUCAAGCAUGAAUAUUAGCUUUUUUCCUUUUCAACUUGAGUUGAUGAAGCAUGACUCUUUACUGCCCCCACCUCUCGCCACUUCUUCGUACAGUGCUGCACUCCACUCCUCCAGUGUGAAGGGAUCUAUCAUGCUGUUACAGUCUCAGUUUCAAUCAGAGUCGUCCAAUAAGUCAGGACGGCUAAUGGAAGACUAUCCGCUUAAUCGCGACCUUACCUACCUUUUUCGUAUCUAAGCUUUCCACCUCCUCAUUACAUCGCAGGUUUAGCCUUGCGUUUGUCAUCUGUCAUCAUUAAGAGCAUCACUCCCCCACAUACAAAGAGGCUUCCCAAAUGGACCGCAGCAAAGACCUUUGAGUGGUUCGAACGGAGAGAAAAACAAAACAAAAAGAAAGAAAGGAAGGAAGGAAGAAGCAGGGGAACCCCCAGGUCAUGUUCCAUGUUGCACUCAGUGUGUAAUAUUCAGUUACACCAGGAGGGAUCACAGAUGCUGGAGUGUCUUCCCCAGAGAGAUGUGAUGGUGUUGGUGUUAAGAGGGCGAGACUAGAUUGAAAAAAAAAAAGAGAAGAUGAGAGCUCAUUUACCGACAGACGUCUGUUUUGGCCUGCAAGUGGGUUGUGAACAGCGAGAGUGGGUGUCCUGUAAAUAUGACCUCAUUGUAGAUGUCACAAAGUAAACGGGACAAAUGGUGAAAGUAGCUGGGUGCAAGUGUGCAGUAGAAAAACAUCGAGAAAGGAUUUGAAAUUCUGACAAAUUAAACAUUUUAUUAAUUUCACACAUUGUUUUCCUGCUCACGGAGGUAUAAUCAGGUUCUGUUAUUGUGAAGGUUUCUUCAGUCUAUGCUGUCGCCACCAAAGUCCUGCCAAAACGCCAUUCCAAUAUUUAAUAGUGACCCGAUUUUCUCCACCAGAAAAUAAAAAAAUGCACAGUAUUUUGUAGUGAAGUGAGGGACAUUCAUGAUGUUAUUCCGAUGAUGGUAGGUGAGUCAAAGUGAUAAACGCAUCCCAGAGUCUUUUAUUAUCCUGAAAAGUAGGCUUUCCUCAUAGAGCAGGAAUCAGAACACACUUCUACUGAACAAUAAUGGAGUGAACAACCCCCCAAAAAGUGAAGAAAUGUAACCCAAUCAUUGUUCUGUGUACACUGCCACAUGAUGCAUAAUGUACGUAGUAGCACUGGAAUAAAUCAACUUUUAAUGGAUGGCAAAUGGGUUUAACAUGUUCUCUGUAUGCUGUUCGCUGUUCCUUCAUUUUGCAGGUGAACUUUUGUCCUAGCAAGGAGAGACACCAAGGUCAAAUCAUUAAAGACUAUC